GGGUGGGGCUGAGUUUGUUCGGCUCACACUGUGAGAAGAAGGACGGCAGGUCGAGGAGGGACGUAGGUGUUCUAGUUGCCGUGUUGUCACCGCAGAAAGGAUGGCCGCUGCCGUUGCGGGGUUCCGUGCCUCCUACCACCGUUUCUUAGACCGGAUCGAGCUCAUGUUGCCCCCCCGGCUGCGUCCUCUUUACAACCAUCCGGCAGGUCCCAAAACAGUGUUUUUCUGGGCACCAGUUAUGAAAUGGGGCCUGGUAUGUGCUGGAAUGGCUGAUAUGACUAGGCCUGCAGAAAAACUCAGUACAUCACAAUCUGCUGUCCUAAUGGCUACAGGCCUUAUUUGGUCACGAUAUUCUCUAGUUAUUAUUCCAAAAAACUGGGGCCUGUUUACUGUUAACUUCUUUGUUGGCUGUGCUGGUGGCUCUCAGCUGUACCGUAUUUGGAGGUAUAACCAACAGCUAAAAGCCAAGGAACUGGAGAAGCAACAAUAGAAAUUCUAACUCAGCUCUUCGCAUCUCAACUAUAAACACCUUCCUAAGAGACCUGGUUUUAAUCUUAUUCAAUUAGCCAGUGUGAAUUUUUUACUAAAAUUAGUAGAACAUGUUUUUCUAUGGGUUUAGAAGGGAGUCUCUUUACAUUUAAAUAAAAUCUUCAGUUAAAUGCCUUUUUUUAAAAACAUAUCACAGCCAGCAAAGUACAAGUAAUCUUAAAAAUGCAAGUAAGAGAACAAUGUUCUAGUGCUGCUGCUGCUAUUAAAUAAUGUCAAAUGGCCCCAAAAGGGUACAUUUCCACCAUGGAGUUGAGUUCAAAAUAAUCAACACUACUAGGGCAUGGAAAUACAUGUUAAUAUUUGUGGGAGACUGAUCUCAUUUUCUUAAGGGAUCAAGUUUAAUUAUAUUGUCAAGCAAUAGGGUAUCACUUUCUCAGCAGUUGCUAAAAUUGUACAGAUAAAUUAUAUUAAGAAAUCUGGAUUGGUAUGAAGCCAUCUCUGUUCUAGAAUGGCAGGUACUGAGAUAGAACUAAAAAAAACUUACUGAAAUUCUGUAUAACUUCUGGUGUAAUAGGUGAUUAUUUUCUGAUAAUGCACAACGUACCUCUUACACAAUGGAAGACUGAAUGUUGAAUAAUGAAAAGAUGUCAAAUAUGUGUUUUGUUAAUGAAAGCUCUACGACCUCUAGCACAAUAAUAGCAAAAUCUGUUAAACUAACACUUAAAGCCAAGUAAUACUGUAUAUUGUGGCUGAAAGGACAUAAGCACGUUGUUGUAUACCCAUGUCUGAUGGUUGGCCUUUCAUAGACUAGUUAAGAUGAACACUGGCUUCAAGCUAAACCUCUACCACCGUGACUCUUAUUUCUUACAAGAGGUAUCUCCUGAUCUCCACAAGGAAUAUACUAUACUUGGCAACUAGCAAGUUACAGCCAUAUUAUGUAUGUAUAACUACUCAAGUAUGUAUAUUAAUUCCACAAAAGUAGUCAAAAAUUAAACUGGAAAGUUCUCAGUCUA